AUGUUUUCUCGAUUAAUUUUUAUUAUUAUUGUCCUAACAACAAUUUAUCAUGAUUUAUAUGCACUUGACGUUGAAACAUUACAUUUUGAAAGUGGUUGUUUAUCAGCAAAUACGGGAAACGUUCAUCUACGUUUAGCGUGUCCAAAUCAAAAUCGUAUUAAACUUGUUCGUCUAAUUUACGGUUAUAAUAAAGAAACGUCACCAUCAUUAUCAUCAUCGGCAGUAUCACCAUUAUUUCCAAUUGGCUCACCAUUAACGCAAAAAUCUCUAUGUUCAUUUAGUAUUUAUGAUUGUAUUCAAGAAGGACACAAUACAAAAGUUUUAUCAUGUAAUGGUUUAGAAACGUGUACUAUAGAAUUAACGAAACAGGAACUAUUGAGUACAACAACGGUUGAUAAUAGUAAUAAAUUACCGAUUUGUCAGGAUUUUAAUUAUGUACAAAUUAACUAUGCUUGUGUAUCAGAAAAAGUCACACGAGACAUUUGUGAUAUAUGGAAAGACGAAUCGCCUAUACUUCAUAUUAGUCAUACAAUGAAACUGAAACGAAAUAGUUCGAAUCGUAAACGACUUAAACUGAAUAAUAUUGUUUCAGUUAAAAAUAAUGAUAAUCGUUGUCAUUGUAAAAUACGUUCUUCAUUAUCGAAUGGACAAGUUCUACUACAAGUGAUUGAAAUGAAACGAGAAGGAAAAGAUGAUGUACUUAGUGUAAAGAAAAAAUUUCAGAGUAUCAAACAACAACAAUCAGCGCCACCGAGCGAUUGUAAACAAACAACAUAUCUAGAGAUAGCAACAGAUCGUUUAGAAAGAAAAUGCAUGGAUAUGUCAUCGUCUGGAGCGAUAUUUGGUUCAGGUAGUCACAACUUUACUUUGACAUAUAUGCGUGGUACGAAUAUCAAUGAAGCCGAAUUACUUUUCUGGUUAGAAGUUCGAGCGAGUCCACCGAAAACUGAUCACAAUGUACAAAUUAUAUGUAAUUGGUCGAAACGAAAGUUUACUUCGACAACAACAACUGUAACAGCAGCACCACUACGAAAGAGACUGACAGUACAACCAAAACCCACGAUCGAUAUGAAUAACGCAAUAAAACAGAGUCGACUCGACCUUAUUCAACUGAAUAAUAAAAAAGAUGUGUCAGAUUCAGAUAUUAAAUUAUUAACAGAAGAAGAAACACCAGCUCGUCUUCAAACGGACGAUGAUGAGCUGUUUCUUGACGCUGUUGCCGAACCACAACAUUUAGAUAGUGAAAAUGAAAUAAUCUCGAAUAACGAUGCUCUCUUUCAUCUUGGUAAAGCGGAAAGCGAGAAUGAGGAAGAAAAGCAAGAACAAGCGUUGAUUGAAGAAGAAACUUUAGAAGAUUCAACAAAGAGCUCAUACAAACGUCGUAAAACAACGUUAACGUCUACAUUCAGUAUAUCCUUAUCGGAACAACAGUUAGAGUCAGAUGAUCCACAAUGGAGACAAUUGCUCCAAUUGAAUGAUAAUUCUCAAUUCUUGUAUAAUAAUCGUCCAAUUUUCACACAAACACCUGCAAUUACCCGUGAACAUCGUUCAUCAUCCGUACCUAUUGUUUUGCUUUUAAUUGUCAUAAUAAUAGUAGUAAUUGCUCUCAGUUUAUAUUGUUUGAAAGUCAAACGACCUGAUUUCAUGCGACGUAUUAUACUGAACGGAAAUGUGGCAGUUCUAUUUUGUUGUGAAGCCGUUAAAUUCUUAGUAUGUUCAACGAAAGCAUCUCGUUCGACAGCAACAAGUCCAGCGAAUACGAUUCAUCGACAUUAUCGAUCUGAAUUAGAAUAUAGAACAGAUGAUUAUUCUUUUGACGAUGAAAUCGAAAGUACAACAGUUAUAACAAAUAAUGGUGGUGGUGAUACUGAAUAUGGAAGAUCAACAAAACGAGAGAAUUAUCCAACAAUCAAAAGUAAUCAAACAUUAAAAUCAAAUAAAUAUGCACCAACGUCAAUUUAUAGUAUUGAUAAUGAAAGUUUGAAUUAUACAGGAAAGUAUGAUUUUGGCAGUCCAGCGAUUUAUGAUCAAUUAAUAUUAAAUAUUAUUUUAUUCUAUUAUUUAGAGAGUAUGUCUCAAGAUUCUCUUACUAAUGGACAAAAUGAUGAAGGUGACUUAGUUGCUUAUUCGUCAGAACCUCCAAGUACAACAAAUUCUAGAAUCAGUAAAGUGUCAUGGGUACGAACGAGUAAUGAUCGAAUGAAUGGACGAGUAGGCUUAGAUGAGCAUAUCAAACUUGUUAAACAGAAAAAAGAAGAAGCCGAAGUACUUCGACUGCAAAAGUUUCAAGAGCAAUUGAAAAAAAAAGAACAAAAAUGGUAA